CUGCGCGGCGUCAAGAUGGCGUCGGCUUCCGCGAGGAAGCGCCCGAGCGAGGAGGCGGCGGGCGGAGGGGAGCGGGGGCCGCCUCAGCGCGCAGGGAAGCGGCGGCUGCUGGUCAUCCUGGAGGGAGCGUCGCUGGAGACCGUGAAGGUGAAGGGGCGGGCCGUGAGGGGGCCUGAGGACGAAGCGGGGAGGCGGCCGCGUGCGGGGCCUGGAGGUCGCUCUGCUCCCUCAGACAAGGGGCGGCCGAGGGCGCCUUCCAGGGGAGAAGCUGAACGGCCUUUCCCCUCAGGCAGUGGCCCCCAACCUUAUUUUCCUGGCCAUGCCUCACCUAAGCAUCUCUAAAAUCCCGAUCUCUCUCCCCCACCACACACACAUAAUUCUCAUUAUUCAAAAAGUGAACUGUUCACGUGGAGGAAGCCUAAAAGGCCAUCAACUGUUAAUAGAGAAGCCAAGUUACAGGGAACCAGGCAGAGGGCCUUCUCGGUAGUGGCGCCCGCCCUGUGGAACGCCCUCCCACCAGGUGUCAAAGCGAUAAACAACUACCUGACAUUCAGAAGACAUCUGAAGGCAGCCCUGUUUAGGGAAGUUUUUAAUGUGUGACAUUUUAGUGUAUUUUUCAUCUUCGUUGGAAGCCGCCCAGAGUGGCUGGGGAAACCCAGCCAGAUGGGCGGGGUACAAAUAAUAAAUUAUUAUUAUUAUUAUAACUCGUUCUCGAAUUGCCUCCCCCCCUUAAAAAUCAAAUCGCCCCCCUGCAAGGAAGGACGGGUUCUAGGGUGGCCACCUGUCCUGUAUAAUACAGGAUUGCCCCGCGUCUCAAUACUAAAAUGCUACGUCCUGGAUUUCAGAUCUUUUCUCUCUGCCAAAUUAGGGAUCCUCUCCAAAUAAAUGCAUGUGUGUGAAAGAUGUUGUAUUUAAGCUCUGGCUAGCCAGGUACAGACAGAUUUACAAAUUCGUGUGUGUGUGUGUGUGUGUGUGACAAAUUCCAGAAGGGCCAUCCUGUUAGGUUGCAAUAGAUUGUAAUGGAUUGCUUUGAAAUCACUUCAGCACCAGAUGAAAGAAAAAGAAUUGCCCCCACACCGCCCUGUAUUUUGCCAAAAGGAUGGUGUCAAACCUAUCUCUGAUGUGCCACGCUAUGAUGUGUAGGUGGUUUUUCACGUAGGGGAAUCAUUCAGAAAUCAUUUUGUUUUAUACCCUGCUUACCCACCCCCUGACAAAACAAUUAAACAUUAAUACAGUUAAAAUUGUGUAUACAUUUAAUUGAUUUAAAACAGCACAUUAUUUCACCUCUGCUUUAUGUGUAGAUCAAGCCUUGUGGGUGGGGAGGUGGGAGAUGUUUUGAGUCCCAUCAGGGAAAAAGAUGGGGUAUAAGUAAAUAAUAAUAAUAUAUUCAUCACGGGAGAUGUAUUAAUGGCAGUUGACCAUGGUAACUGCAUGGAGGCUCCACCUUCCGAGGUACUGUACCUCUAAACAUGGGUCUCUGAUAGGAGUUGGAGCUGCCACUUUCGUGUCCUCCUUGUGGGCUUUCUAAAACCAUUUGCCAGGCUUCUGUUUGCCAACUAGCACUUAAAGAACCUUUAAUCUACUGUACAAUUCCCAAUUUAGUACAUUUUAACUGUCUCAUUUUACUGUUCUAUUGUCAAUUUGUGUUAAGUUUUGCGUCAUGUUACAUUUUAUUGUAAGCUGUCUUGAGUACACUUCGCUGUAGAAAGAUUGUGCUGAAUACAUGUAAACAAAUAAAAUGAUUAUUUGUCCAGGUUGGAAAAACCUAUGAGCUACUGACCUGCGACAAGCAUAAAUCGUUGCUUCUGCGAAGUGGCCGGGACCCUGGAACAGUACGACCUGACAUCACCCACCAGGUACAUUCAUGUAUCUACUACAUAAUCAAAGUAGCGUACUUUUAAGUCACCUCUGUGGUGUGUUGCUAUUUCUGAAGCAUUGACAGGAAAACUUAGUUCCCACACAGCAGCUUUUAAAAAUACUGUUGGCAACUUUUAAAAUUAUUAUUCAGAUUGCAAAUGUUCCCAAAUGCUUCCUUUACUCUUUUCACUGAAUAUUCCUAGCAAACUUGCAUGCCGGAAUCUCACACUGCCUUUUUAAAAUACGCAAUUGCAGGGUUCUGACAGAUGUUACUGCAGAGAAUUUCCCUGCUUCUGAAUAGUUUUAGCUUAUUUCUUUCUCACUCUUCUUCCCAGAGCCUCCUGAUGCUCAUGGACAGUCCCUUGAAUCGAGCCGGCCUUCUCCAAGUUUAUAUCCAUACAGAAAAGAAUGUUCUAAUUGAAGUCAAUCCCCAGACAAGAAUCCCUCGCACUUUUGAUCGUUUUUGUGGCCUCAUGGGUAAGAGGACAGAGGCUUGCUUUCCCCUCAGAAAAUUUUAUGCUUUCAGUGGAGAUUAAUGCAGGGUUGUAUGUGAGAGGGAGUAGCCAUCUAUAGUAGCCUUAUUCUCCAUGUAUUUAUCUAAAGCCCUUUUAAAGCUAUCCCAAGCUGGUGGCCAUUAUAUCUUUAAUUAGUUCAGAAUUACACUAUGUAGAAUAAGUUCUUUUUCCAGUCUGAAUCUUCCAACAGUCAGCUUCAUUGGAUGUGUGAGCCCCAAUAGUACAAGGGUGAGAAAAGCUAUUCCGAACAUGCACAGUAUUACAAAAAUGGGAAGAUCCAAUUUUUAAUACUUUAGUUGUGAGAACUGCCCAUUUAUUUCUCCUAUCUUAGAGUAUGCCUCUAUUCUGUAACGCCAUUGUAAAUAUAUCUUGCCUUUUUCUCCUCAGUUCAGCUGCUGCACAAAUUUAGCGUCAGAGCUGCUGAUGGGCCUCAGAAGUUAUUAAAGGUAAAAAAAAAAUCUACUAGUUCAUUAUGUGAUUCUUUGCAAGAUUGUUCUUGCUUCUACUUUCAAGCCCGUCCAUUUUUCUUCCAUUAGGUAAUUAAGAAUCCUGUUACCGAUCACCUCCCUGUAGGCUGCGCAAAGAUCGGUACAUCCUUCUCAGCCUCUACUGUGACAGACGUCCGUGACAUAGUCCCUACUGCAGACCCAAUAGCUAUCACUGUGGGAGCUUUUGCUCAUGGCUCGGUAAGACACCCACUUCCAUACCAGUCAGUUGUAAGUCAGUUAUCUCACUUGAAUGCACAAGCUGGCCUUAGGGCAAGGCACUGUUCAUAGGUAGUGUGCACAUGUAGUUGCAUAUGGUCUACUCUACAGGAUUAUAAUGCCCUAUUAUAGGAAUAUUUUUGAGGAUAAAGUGGCUGUAGAACACUUGAUUUAAGCUCAUAAUUUAGGGGGUAGUAAUUUGCAUAUGUUACUCCGGUGAGUUUAAGAUGUAUCGUACAGAAAAUACAAUGCAGAUAUUCACUGACAUGCUGGCUGUUGCUUUUCUUUUCCAGGUUAAUGUGGAAUACACAGAAAAGACUAUCUCUAUCAGCAACUACCCACUCUCUGCUGCUUUGACUUGUGCCAAGAUCACCACAGCCUUUGAAGAGAUGUGGGGAGUGGUGUGAACUUACUAAUGCAAUGUGGACUUUGUGCAGUUGGACUUAACUGCUUGCUCCAUGUCCUGGAGCAAUGUGCGCUACAGGGUUCUACCUGUUAGAAUUGCCUUAUGUUUUGUUUGGGGGCAUAAAUAAAUGUUUUUUUUUUUUUACUGUGGUGGAUAGUCUCAGUAGAGAGGUAUGUAAGCAGCAGGAUGGCAUUUGUGUGUUGCUUUGGUUGGGUAUCCACCUCAUUAGGCAUUUCAAGAG